UUUUUAUGUCCAAUUGAUUUAUCGCGGAACGAGUUUUCGACGUAAUAACAAACAUUUAGUUGAGCAUUCAGUAAUUGAAGAGAUGUGGCUGAAAGCAGUAGCUUUGAGUGUGCUUGUAUGCGCGGUGGCAGCAUACAACUCUAGAAGGUUUCCACCUGGUUUUAAAUUCGGAGCCGCGACUUCUUCAUAUCAAAUCGAAGGCGCUUGGAAUGUAAGCGAUAAAAGCGAAAGCAUUUGGGAUAGAUUGACCCAUUCAAAGCCAAGUAUCAUAACAAAUGGAGCAACUGGAGAUGUCGCCUGCAACUCUUACUACAAUUGGGAAGAUGAUAUAAAUAUCGCUGCAGAACUUGGCUUACAUUUCUAUAGAUUUUCUUUGUCAUGGCCCCGGCUGUUGCCAACCAGUUUUAUUGAUAAGAUCAGUGCAGAAGCAAUAAAUUACUAUAAUAAGUUGAUUGACGGCUUAAUCAAAAGGGGCAUUGAACCCGUGGUGACGUUAUACCACUGGGAUUUGCCACAGAGAAUACAAGAUUUAGGUGGAUGGGCAAAUCCGUACAUUGCAGAUUGGUUUGCGGAUUACGCUAGAGUUGCUUACAGGUUAUUCGGGGAUCGUGUAAAGAUCUGGAUAACGGUGAACGAACCCGUGGUAGCGUGUGAUAUAGCUUAUAACACUGGAUUCUUUGCUCCUGGCAUAAAAAGUCCUGAAUUCGGCAAUUAUCUUUGCGGUAAAAAUAUGUUGUUGGCACACGCUAAAGCAUGGAGGAUUUAUGAUGAAGAGUUUAGAUCUAAAUAUCACGGAAAAGUUGGUUUAACAAAUCAAAUCUUUUGGCACAUACCAGAGAGUGAUGAAGAUGAAGAAUUAACAGAAAUGGUUAGACAGUAUAUGACUGGAAUGUAUUCCCAUCCUAUAUUUAGUAAAGAUGGCGGCUGGCCUCCGGAAAUAGAGAGGAUAAUAGCAGAGAAUAGCAAGAAGCAAGGAUUCUCACGUUCAAGAUUGCCGCCCUUCACCAAGGAAGAAAUAGAUCUCAUCAAAGGUACUUGUGAUUAUUACGGUAUGAACUACUAUACGUCAAGAACUGUGCGAAAGGCGAGAGAUGGCGAGAGUAUCGGCAGUUGGCCGCUGCAAGAUGGCGCUGUUGAUCUCGGCGCUGUCAUGAGUGUCAAACCUGAUUGGAAGAAGGCGGCCUCUAUGUGGUUAUGGUCGUACGCUCCAGGACUACGUCAUAAGUUGGUCUGGUUGAAGAAGACAUACGGCGACGUCGAGAUCUUGAUACUUGAGAACGGAGUAUCUUCCUUUAGCGGCCAAUUAGACGACGACUUUAGAGUCAAAUAUUACAAAGAUCAUUUGGAACAGCUAUGGUUGGCAAUAACUGAGGACAAAGUUAAUGUGACUGCUUAUACCGCUUGGACAAUGAUAGACAACUUCGAAUGGGGCGACGGAUACAAUGUCAAAUUCGGCUUGUACAAUGUUGACGUGACAGAUCCAAAACGCACUCGAACACCUCGUGCCUCAGCGAAAUACUAUGCUAAAGUGAUCACAAGUCAUUCCUUGGAUAUUGAUAAAUACAAUGCGAAGGCUGAACUGUAUUCCACUGUUUUGUUUUAUCUGCCGUUGCCUAUAAUCCUUGUAGCGAUCGCCGCCAUGAUGUUUUCAUAUCCAAAAUGGCGGACAUCAAAAUCAUUUGUAGCGAGACAUCGGAAAUUAUUAAAUGUACCGGAUAUGUUUUAGUUGAGA